GAUAUAAAAGUGGUAUUGCAAACCGGUAUGCUUCACAUUUACUGAAAUGUUACAUUUUGAAAGCAUUCACAAAUGAGUUUUGAUUGUGGCUACGUAGACACCUUUUGGUUAAAAUAUUUUUGUAAUCAUACAAAAUUUAAAACAACUAACGCCAAUUGUAAUAUGGUGGAAUUUCAGGAGGAAACGUACCUUUACGAUCCUAAUUUAUUAUUAAAAUUGGAUUUUCAUCAAAGCCCGGCAAAAUUUAAUCCAUUUAUUUCGGCAGCCUGCCCUGGUGAAACAUGGCUAAAAGUGAGGCCACUAAAGGAUAGCGAUUUCGAUCGUGGCUUUUUGCAAUUGUUAUCUCAACUAACGCAUGUCGGACCAGUGACUCGUACACAAUUUUUAACACGCUUCUCGCAAAUGAAAUCGACUGGUGAUUAUUAUGUUACAGUUAUUGAAGAUGCCCGUAAAAAUGAAAUAAUAGCUGCUGCUUCAUUAGUUAUUGAAAGGAAAUUUAUACACAAUUGUGCUAUACGUGGUCGCCUGGAAGAUGUUGUCGUUAAUGAUACCUAUCGCGGUAAACAAUUGGGUAAACUCAUCGUUGUUACUGUAUCACUGUUGGCUCGAUAUUUAGGAUGUUAUAAGAUGACUUUGGAUUGUAAAGAUAAACUUAUUAAAUUCUACGAGUCCUUAGGGUACCUGCUAGUGCCGGGCAAUGCGAAUUCAAUGACGAUACGUUAUGAUGAUGAACCAUCGACUGCUAAACACAACUUAACUUCCUUCAAUAGCGUAACAAAUGACUCGCUCCCCGCGGAAGCUUGCCAAACUGUAAGCCUCGAUUUUAAUUCCUGACAAUUAGCCGCCAGUACUGCCGCCAAAUCAAAACUUUAAAUUGUGUUGUUCGGUAUUAACCUAAGCCGCAACUAACCAAAGUUAAAAAACUGUUGAGAUCAUCACUUUGGUUCGUUUUUAUUACAAUUUUAAGUUAACGAUUUCCCAAAGCUAUCAAAAUCUGUGCUUUAGGGCAGGAGGGCAGUUCUGGCCGUAUUUUCGGCUUGGCCUUAUGCUUAUAAUAGAGUCAAGCUAUUUACGCUGCUUAUUAUGUAUGUAUGUGUGUACUUAAUGGAAUAAUGAUUAUUUUUUUCUCUCGUCAAUUAAAUAAUUUUUAAUUUUUUUUUUUUUUUUUUUUUUUUGUAUAUGCAUUUUGCAUCCAAUCUUUGAUGCUCCAGGUGGUGUGUAUUUUACCUUUUAAAAGUACUUUUAUAAAUUAAUAAUAAAAUGUAUGCAAAAAAGAAAAACCAUAUUCGUUUAAAACAGAAA